AUAAUAACUAAGCAGCAUAAAUAUGUAACACUUAUAUAAAAAAAUCCCAGUGAAACGUGCUCAAAAGGAUUUACCUUUGUUUUACUUAAUUUACAUAAAAUACAAAAAAGUGCGCAUUUAUAAUGUUAUUAAAGUGUAAGUUAUUGGUGUAACAUAAGUUACUAUUGAGUAACUAUAUGUAUUAUAUUACUAUUAAGUGAUGAUGUAGAAGUCUUAUGUUAAUUUUGAUUGGGCUCUCUAAAGCCAGCUACACACGUUCAUAUAAACCGCACAGUUUCAACCGAAUAGUCAAACUAUACAGUAAUCGUCGUGUUCAGGGUGACCAUUUCGCGAAGCGGUGGCGUGCCGAGCUUACGUCACGUUUCGUCGCCGAAACGCGAUAACGUGAACUAUGCCAGUAGCUCUCUCCAACGUCGGCCACGCCGCCCGCUACGCCGCCCUCUACGCCGCCCGCCUAAUAACCCUAAUCGUCUACAGCACCUUCUAAUCAAACUUCAUCCCCUUAACCUUCAAAGUCUCCUUGUGCUUCGGUAAUCACUAAAGUUUGCAAGUUACAGAGACUGAAAUAUGCUCUUUAAAUAUUUUGACAUUUCAACACACGGAUAAUUAUGUAUUGUCGCAGUAGGUCACUUAUCAGAAAGGAAUCGAUAGAUAAUUAUAAAUAACGUAUGUUUGUCACUUUUAAACGUUUAUAAUUCCUGAAGAGAUUAAUAAUAGGUCAAAUAUGUCUGAUAUGACACUGCACAAUAGCAGCAAAACAAUUACUUUACAUGUAUACGAAAGGAAACUGGUUCAAUGCCACCGAUUUACUGAAUAGAUAGUGCCAGUGAAUAGUGAAGCCUUUUUGAAAGUUCGAAUGUAAGAAUUUAUAAGAUGGUGACCUGAUUUAACGUGCGAAGUGAUUCGUGAGGGCAUUGCGUGGCCCCUCCGCCCAACGCCACCUUUGUCCGGUGGCGGGCAGCGGGCAGUCGUGGCGCUUACGAGACUCGGGCCAGUCUGAGGCACGCGCCCUCCGUGCCCGCUCGCCCUCGCGCCGCUCUCUCCCUAUCCCUCACCGACACAUGGCACGCACACCUUAGCCCCGUUGUUAUGGAAAAGCGCGGCGCCAGCGGCCGCAGCGAGCCUAUACCCAGCAUACUUAAGAAACCGAAACCGCCUCGUGGCGAUCUUGUGGACAAAAGUACGAAGAUCAAACGAGAGAAGACCAGCUCGAGGAAGUAUGGAGAUGUGAGUCAUUCGUUGGCUCACGGCUGCACGCCGCUUAUGUACGCUUGUCAGCAAGCCGACUAUAGGAGCGUCGUUGACUUCCUUAAUAAGGACCCAUCAUCAGCGCGUGUGCGUGAUCGCGCGCAGCGGUGUGCGCUGCACUACUGUGCGGCGAGCGGGGCGGCGCGCGCGGCUGCACGUGCAGCGUGCGCGGAUCGCGUGCUGAUGGCGGCGCCGGCGCUGGCAGACGCUCGCGACGCAGACGGCCUCACGCCACUGCACCUCGCCGUGGUGCAUGGAAACGUACCCCUCGUGCAGACCCUGCUGGCUGCUGGCGCUGACGUUAACGCGAGAGACAACGAGCAACAUACCGUCGUGCAUUGGGCAACUGUGUGCGGCGAGGUAGGAGCGUUGCGCGCAGUGCUGGCGGCGGGCGCGGACUCGGCCACGCCGGACCAGCACGGUGGCUACCCGCUGCACUACGCCGCGCAGAUGUGCGGCGCGCCCGCUGCCACAGAUCACCAGAGCCGUGGCGCUGCGCUGGAAGUGUUACGUGCGCUGGUGCGCGAGGGCGGCGCCAGCGUGGCUGUGCGCGACGCGGACGGGCGCACACCGCUACUGUGGGCCGCCUCUGCCGGCUCGGCCGCAGCGGUGCUCGCGCUGCACCAGGCUGGCGCCCGGAUAGACGAUGCUGACAGAGAUGGUUUAACAGCAUUGCACUGUGCAGCGGCGAGGGGACAUACAGAAGCUCUGGAAACGUUAGUAGGUCUAUGCGGGGCCCGCGUGGACAUGGCGGACUCGCACGGCUGCACGCCGCUGCACUAUGCCGCUGCGCUGGGCCACGCAGACGCGACCUCGGCGCUGCUGGAGCACGGCGCCGACGCGCACCGACAGGAUAAGAGGGGACGCAGCCCUGCCCACACCGCCGCCGCUAAAGGACAAAUAGAAACCGUUCGCAUAUUAGGGGCGAAGGGGGCUAAUUUGUGGUUACGCAACUCUAAAGGUGAUUUGCCUUUACAUGAAGCUGUUGCAUCAGGACGUAGAGAAUUAGUCAAGUGGCUUUUGGAUGGAAGACCUUCUCAAGUGAAUGCAACAAACCAUGAAGGUCGCACGCCAUUGCAUAUUGCCGCAGCCACCGACAACGCCGAUCUCUGUAAACUGUUACUCGAUCGCGGUGCAGAAGUUAACCUUGUUGCAAGAUCCUCCAGAAACGAACCUUUAACACCGUUGGAUUGUGCUACAAGCCGAGGCCACAGGUCAACUGCAAAGUAUUUGCAGAUGCAUGGCGGUUUACCUGCUUCCAAACUCUCAAAUACUCAAAUAACAAUUGACGGUGCUCCUAUCACAGGAUUGCCUCAACGUAAAGUGACCAGUACAAAAAUCGAUGUACGUGAUCGUAUUAGAAUAGAAAAAAAAGAAGUAGUCGAGCUCUCGAGUCCUUCACUAGUAAGGCGAAGUACAAAAGAUAGAAGUUACGAUUAUUAUACUAACGAUUCUUCUUCUGAUGACAGGAAAACCCGAAAACGAUUUCAAGAUAAGCAUUCGGAACAAUAUCAAAACCGUAAAAAACCACAACUUAAGCCGCAAAAAAGUUUCAGUGAUGGUUAUGAUAGUGAAUUCGAAGUGUAUGAUAAAAAAGACCAUAAACGAAAAUACAAACGAAGGCCCAGAAGUAAGAAGAGUAGAUCUAGAAGUGAACCAUCCAGACGACGUGGCAAAAGUGCAAAGCAACAUCGUCGUUAUCACUCGACAUCGGAAAGUUCAUCAGAUACUGACAGUCACGAAGAGAGAAAAAAGAAACGCGGUCGACAUAAGCGAGGUAGAAGAAAGACUAGCACUUCAUCUGAAAAUAGUAGCUCAGAAUCGAGCGAUAGACGGAGCACAAAAAGAAAAGGCAAGAAAACAUCUAUUCACAUUGAACAUGACGACGAGAAACAGAAAGUGAACAUAGUGAAAUAUAAAAAUAUGGAUUACAAUCGAAACCUACCAAUCGAUAAUGAAGGUGGCAGUUUUUUAGACGUAUCCAAAAUCCACGAAGAAACAGACAAAGAACAAGCAACAGUUAAACCAAAAUCUUUUAGUGAAACUGAAACCGAGGCUGUUUCGGUUAAAACAAACAUGGUAGUUACAGAAGCACAAAUACAUAUGGAGCGCGAAUCUACACUUAAUGGUAGUUCAGAGUUAAUAGUAAAAAUGGAUUCAUCAAAUAAUGUUGCUAUAGAAACGUCUAAUUUGUCUGUAACUCAUAAAGACUUAAAUGAAGAGUCCAAAAAUAAUUUAGAAAGUAAUAAUGUUGAAAUCGCUUCUAAUAGUGAACAAAAAACUGAAGAUGAUAGUGUAAAACUAGAUGAAAUGAAAAAUGAUAUUACAGAAGAAGCAAGGCAAGCUAUGGAAGAAAUAAAAGAAGAAAAGGCUUCAAUAAUAACAGAUAUUCCUACAAAAAAUUUGCAAAAUACUAGUGAUAUUCGUGAGGAUGAGAACAAGCCCGAAGAAAUAACAGUAAUAAGUGAAGAUAGAAAAACUGAAUUAAAUGAAGAUCAAACUCAAGAUAAACAUCAGUCCUUAUCGAAUGUUGAUAAGGAUUCCAAAUCUAGGCCAUCUUCUGCAGAAAAAAGUAAAGAAACCUCCUCUGGACCAAAUUCUAAUUUAGAGUCACCUCGCAGAAGAUCAUUUCAAAUUCUAUCUGGACCAGAUGAUACAAGCAAAAGUGAUAACUUACCCUUAGAUAAACAAAGCUUAGAAAAUGUAAGUGAUGAUAACUUAGGAUCUCAGGAUAAAACUACCUCUCCGUCAGUUUCGUUUGCUAAAAAACACGAAAUUUUCAAAAUUAACGGCUCUGAUAAUUCAUCUGAUCAUUUGAUGGGUGAAGAGGUGGAACAUGUUGAAUUUCAAGCAGAAAAGGGCGAGAAUGUAAAAAACGGGGCAAGUGAUGGUAAUAAUCAAGAGGAUAAAAGAUCACAAUAUGCAUCUACCACGACUAGUAGCAGUGACGUGGCACGAAGCAUCGAUAACAGUAAGAUAAAAAAAUCUCGCGCUGAUACAGUUAGUGUCGAUCGUGCUGUUAAACAAAUUGUAAUGCAAAGUGGAUCCGAAGAGAUUCAAGAAAAUGAAUUUUCAUCACUCACCUCUCCUAAACAAGCAAGAAAGAGCUCGAGAGAUAGUCAAGUAAGUAGUCGAAAAAGUAGCAUUUACGAAACUGAAAGUUACAAAGUCCUUUCAGAUGCCACAAAUGCUGUUGAAGGCAUUUUAAAAAAGUCUAACAUAAUGGAUGAGGGAUCUAUUGAAGAAGACAAAUUCGGUGCUGAGGACAAAUUAACGCUUCUUAGAGAAAAUUUUUUUGGUAGAGUACCUAGUGUUAGCGAUAAUGAGAUAUAUUACAGCCAUUCCGAAGCUGACGGUCGUCGAAAGCGAUUUCGAAAGAAAGGGCGAACAAAAAGUCGGAUAACAAUAAGGUCCAAAAGUGAAAAUUCAGAAAGAGGUUAUGAAUCUAGCGGGUUAAUGGAUUCUGGAUUCGAACCAAGUCCCAGACCGGUACAAAGAUGUAUAAUGAGUCCCCGGCUUAAUGCAUACUAUCAACAAAGAAAUGCAAGUGGCAAAUUUCGCGGGAGACCGGAUAGCAAGAUACCCGUCCGAAAACCUGGCGACAAAAAUGCCGUGGAUAUGAGAACGGUAACACAAAGAAUACAAACUAAUAUGAGACGGUAUUACUGCGAACGAAAAAUAUUUCAGCAUCUGUUAGAACUCAAACGGCUACAAAUAAGAACUAGCAAGACAAAUGAAGCAGUACUGGUGAAGAGAGCAAUCGACGAAUAUAACAAAUCUAGUCUGGCCAACGUUGGACUGGGCCCGUACAAUAAUCCUGAUUUUUCAUUUAGUAGUUUUGAAAAAUUCCUGUACGAUAGUUUAAGAAAAUUACAGAAGAGUGGAAAGAGACAUUUAGAUAAGUUGCCUGAGAAACCAUUGGAUUUUGAUUACGGCGAAAGCGAAUUGUACAAAAUGGCUGCUAUUCCGGAUAAUCCUUGCUUAUGUACCAGCAAGACCCACAGAUGUUUUCAUGCUGUACAUGCUUACACUGGGAUACCAUGUUCUGCGUAUAUUCCAUACAAAUGGAAUCACCAUACAAUGCCUAAACCGUCAACGGCGGGGCCGAGUACAAAAUCUAAAGGCUUCCUACCAAAAAUUAACUCGAAACCACCGACUGGUGCGAACAAGGCUCACUUUACUCUGGAAGUGUCUCACGGCACAGAAAAACAAUUAAUCGCUUUACCCGCAGAAAAACUGGACAAAAACAAGAGAUAUUACGUGACGUUUACGGUUAAAGGUUCCGAGCCCACGUCAGACGACAACGCCGCACCCAGCCCCAAUAACAAAAGUAUACGAAGUGGCUAAUUGUUAUCGAAUUAAAAAUGUAACUAUAGAUAAAUGUUGUUCCCUAAUUAAGUCAUAGAUGUGGUAAAAAAUACACUCAAUUCAAAUUCGAGUAUUUAUUAACAGAGGUAUUUUAUGUAUUUAUCAGGACUUUAAGAUAUGUGUAUAUGUUACAUUUUUUAUUACACAAGGCAAAACAGAGAAUUAAUUUGGUCUUCGGUUAGUUAUAAUUUAGUUACUAGACUGAUCCGUCCAAUUGUAUUUUUAAUAUAGAUAUUUUCUUAUCAAAUAAACAUUGAAUAUUAAAAGAUAGAUGUAAAAUGUUAUUACAUCUGUCUCAUUAAAAUAUUGACCCUAUAUUAUGUAUGGUGUGAUGCUUUCUCUCUAAUCCCUGGUUCACACUUAACCAGUAUAGUUGAAGUGUAGAUGAGCACAAUUUGAACAAUACCUAAUAUCAGUGAGUGAAAACAACACAUUGCUGGCCUGCGCUACUGUCCCACUGUAUCGGUCCGGUGUGAACCAGGCAUUGUUUUUUUAUGUAUUAAAUGUUAUUUUAAAAAUAAUGUAGUAAUUAAAAGUGUUGAAAGGAAA